AUGACGCCAAAGACCAAACGAAACCGUCGUGUCUGCUUCUCGAAAGUCAAUGAGUACCGCGAAUUCGGAAACACUGAUUACGACUCUACCUCCUCUUCAUCCGGUAGUGAUAUGGAAAAGAAAAUCUUGGAUACUGCAUUCAUCCAGAAACCGGAGAGAUCAUCGUCCGCUGAAUCAGUGGCUUCUUAUUCGAUCGACGGUAAUGAGAACUCGGGGCUUGGUCUUGACGUGGCAUUGCUAGGAAAGCCAACUGGGAGCAAGAAGAGAAGUAAGAAGAGCACUUCCAAGAGGAGCCAUGCCAACGACUCCAUGUUAGCUCACGAUGGAAGAGCGGAGCCGUGGACUGUCUCCCCGAGAGCAAAGUUCCCAAGAAUGUCAAGUCCGAAACUCUGGGCCACCGCCGUUCGUUUGUUGAAGAUGAGAGCGGAGAAACGUUGGUUGGCAAAGGCUUCGGAGAGGGUUCACCGCAAGUCGACAAUGAGUCAAGGAAUCAGUUGGAAGAAGCCAACCGCUCUCAAAGAGAUCCGCCAAGACUGGCGAUUCCCGGACGAGAUGGAGUCUGAAGGGGAUAACCUGGCCGAUAACGAAAUGGCGCCGCCCUCUUCUCCCAUGAAGAAAAAGAAGCGUCUUCUAACAAGACGUGAACGCUUCAUGAAAGAAGUCGCUCAACGAAACCGCAAAGAGAAGAAGAGAGUCGAGGAGCUCCGGAGACUUCAAUUCAAAGAGAAACUUUCUCAGUUCAUCGAGAAAGUGAAACAGGGAAAAGUUGUCAAAUCAAUUUUCGGCCAAGACAACGAGGAGGCUGACGAAAAUAAGAAGUUUUUGGACUUCGCCGUCAAGAGAUCCUCCUUCGUCAAGGAGAACAAGGCGGAUCCAAAGAAAGUGGACUUCAAGGUCAGAGCUGGAAUCAACCGCCGUCUCAAGAGCCACACCAUCGGAGGAGAAGUUCGUUUGGCUUAUGAGAUCGUAUUGGAGAACUACGAUUCAGCGCUCGGACUCCACUUCACCUACUUGUUUCUCCACAAGAAGGAUAAACGUUUUCUGGAAUUGGAGAAGAUGUUCCUGCUAAACUAUUAA